AUGUCUAGGCAGGUAAGCUGCCGCUUCAAGAGCUGCAAGAAUUUGGCAGAAGACCAGAUUGAUGGCUCAGUGGGUACAGGCAAUAAAGGAGUCAGAGUCACCAAGGUGGACUGGCAGCAGUCCAAAAAUGCUGCUGCUCACCACACCCAAGAUUACCCUGGCCCUGAGCUGGUGAUUCGAAGGGGCCAGUUAUUCAGUCUCACCCUGGAUCUGAGUGGAGUCCUGGACAGCGAGGAGGCCCUCAUCUUCACUGUGGAGACAGGGCCCCAUGCAUCUGAGGCUCUCCACACCAAAGCCAUCUUCCAGACAGCAGAGCUAGAAAUAGGUGACACCUGGACAGCUGCAAUAGAGGAACAGACAGAGAAUACCAUCACCGUCAGCCUUGCGAGCCCUUCCAAUGCAGUCAUUGGCCGAUACCUGCUGAGUGCCAGGGCCUCUUCCCGCCGGAAACACAGUGAUCGCAAGCUGGGCCAGUUUAUUCUCCUGUUCAAUCCCUGGUGCCCAGAGGACGACGUGUUUCUGGACUCAGAGGAGGAGAGGCAGGAGUACGUGCUUAACGACAGUGGCAUCAUUUUCAGAGGCGUGGAGAAGCACAUCCGAGCCCAGGGCUGGAACUACGGGCAGUUUGAAGAGGACAUCCUGAACAUCUGCCUCUCCAUCCUGGACCGAAGCCCUCGUCACCAGGAUGACCCAGCCACCGAUGUGUCCCACCGCCACGAUCCAGUCUAUGUCACUAGGAUCAUCAGUGCUAUGGUGAACAGCAACAAUGACCGGGGUGUGGUACAAGGUCAGUGGCAGGGCAAAUACGGCGGUGGCACCAGCCCACUGAACUGGCGUGGCAGCGUGGCCAUCCUGCAGAAGUGGUUCAAGAGCAGAUACAAACCAGUCAAAUAUGGCCAGUGCUGGGUCUUUGCUGGAGUCAUGUGCACAGUCCUCAGGUGCCUGGGGAUUGCAACCAGGGUGGUGUCCAACUUCAACUCAGCCCAUGACACCGAUGGCAAUCUGAGUGUGGACAAAUAUGUGGACUCUUAUGGACGAACCCUGGAGGACCUGACAGAAGACAGCAUGUGGAAUUUCCAUGUCUGGAAUGAAAGCUGGUUUGCACGACAGGACCUGGGCCCAUCCUAUAAUGGCUGGCAGGUUUUGGAUGCCACACCCCAAGAAGAGAGUGAAGGCAUGUUCCAGUGCGGCCCUGCCUCAGUCACCGCCAUCCGUGAAGGUGAUGUACAUCUAGCCCACGAUGGUCCCUUCGUCUGUGCCGAGGUCAAUGCAGACUACAUCACCUGGCUGUGGCAUGAGGACCAGCGGCGGGAGCGCGUGUACUCAGACACAAAGAAGAUUGGCAGGUGUAUCAGUACCAAGGCAGUGGGCAGUGACUCUCGUGUGGACAUCACGGGCCUUUACAAGUAUCCAGAAGGGUCCCGGAAGGAGAGGCAGGUGUACAGCAAAGCUGUGAAGAAACUGCUCAGCAUAGAAGCCUGGGGGAGGAGGAGGCGGAUUCGCAGGGCCGGGGGCGUGCGUGGUGUCUGGCGUGAUGACCUCCUGGAACCGGCCACCAAACCCAGCAUCACUGGCAAGUUCAAAGUGCUGGAGCCACCGGUGCUCGGGCAGGACCUGAAGCUAGCACUGUGCUUGACCAGCCUCACUGCCAGGGCCCAGCGGGUCCGAGUCAAUCUGAGUGGUGCCACCAUCCUCUAUACCCGAAAGCCAGUGGCAGAGAUCCUGCGUGAAUCCCACACAGUCAAGCUAGGGCCACAAGAAGAGAAGAAGAUCCCAGUCACAAUAUCUUACUCUCAGUACAAAGAAGACCUGACAGAGGACAAGAAGAUCCUGCUGGCUGCCAUGUGCCUUGUCAGUAAAGGAGAGAAGCUACUGGUGGAGAAGGACAUUACUCUGGAGGACUUCAUCACCAUCAAGGUGCUUGGCCCAGCAGUGGUAGGAGUGGCAGUUGCUGUGGAAGUGUUGGUGAUCAACCCCCUCUCGGAGAGCGUAAAGGACUGUAUGCUGAUGGUGGAAGGCAGUGGACUUCUCCAAGGACAGCUCAGUAUCGAGGUGCCCAGCUUGCAGCCUCAGGAGAGGGCCUUGAUCCAAUUCAACAUUACCCCCUCCAAAAGUGGCCCAAGGCAGCUGCAGGUGGACCUCGUCAGCUCGCAGUUCCCGGAUGUCAAGGGCUUUGUGAUCAUCAACGUGGCUACAGCCAAGUGA